GACGUUCUUGCGACUCGGGACUACAGCAAGAUGCUUCGGGGGAACCUGUCGGCCUGCGUGAAGGAAGAUUAUUCCAGAACGGACUUGGAUGAGGUGGUGGCGUGCUUCAAAGACUUUCUGCUGGACGCCGAGCUGUGCGCAAACAGGCUUUCCAAGGCUUUUCAGUAUUGCCAGGAUAAAGCCCGAUCUGCUACCACUGGGAAAAAGCUGCAGCCGGCAACGUUUGCCGUGGUGAAAGUGAUACAAGGCACGAUGUCCGGCAAGCCGAAGACGCAGAAAACAAAGAGCAUGGAGGCCGUGCCCCAAGCUCCGGAUCCGCCGCGCAGCAGCAACACGAAGAUGGCGAGUCCUGGGCCGCAGACUCGCAAGGAGGCCUUGCCCCAACGCGUGCGUUGCAGAAGCAAGACGCCGGAGACCAAGCGCUGCAACGUAGACUUCACGCCCGAGCCGCCAGUAAAGCGAGCCCGGACCAGCAGCCUGCUCUCCCAACUGGUCAAUGCCCGCGACGCCG